AUGGUGAAAAUCAUUCGCGACCACGAGAGCAUCGAGGAUGCGGUCCGGGUGAUCUGGGCGAAACGCGUGGUCCCCCCGUCCCUCCAGAAGAUCCCCCUCGCGACCUUUAUCCUGGUUUUGUGCGACACCCUGAAAAAGCUCCAGGUGGCGCCCCCCUCGCAGGACUGGUACCAGGCGGCGUUCCGCAACUUCGACCAGGGCAACACGGGCCAGAUCACCCAGGGGGACGUGGUCGAUAUCACGGUGCAGUACGUGAAUGCGUAUUUGCAGCUGAACAGUUCACGGAUGAACCGAACCGCGUCGACCAGCAGUAGCUCGCAACAGGGCACCGCUCUCGGGAACAGUUUCACGUCCGCGAAGUCGCAGGCCGCGGGCAACAACGGCGCGACGGGGGGCGACCACCGCCCUUUCAACCAGUGGCUAAAGGACGUGUGCUGGCAGUCCUUCUGUUUCGUGGACUCGGAUUCGGUGGGAAAGAUCAAUUUUGCGAAGAUGCGCGUCGCCGCGCAGUCGGUGUUCGACCAGAUUUAUUACCAUGAAAAGUGCCCCCUCCCCAUAUCAAAACAGAAAUCUGUGAUGCAGAUUUGUGGUCGCAAAUCAGCUUUGUGAUGCUAGAAGGCAAAAGAUGCGGACUGUAGUGCUGCCUAGCGUGGGAAAGCCUUGCAGCUCCAGGAUGACAGGAGGCAACUGGAAGUGGGAAACAGCAUGACAGACUGCCUGCAAUUUAGGCCGCAGCUUCGUCUCUUGGCCUUCUAGCAAGACAAGUCGAUUUGUGUACUCAAAUACAGCAUCACAAAUUCGCGCAUCUUCCGUUUCCGAUAUGGGGUCGGGGCUUUUUUCACUUUGAUAAGAUUGGGAACGUCUCCAUGCCGAAGGACGAGUGGUUUCAGCAAGCCUUCAAAAACUUCGACACAGACAGCGACGGAUAUCUGAUAUCGCAAGAAAAAAGUGUUACAGUUACACAUUGUGUUGCAAGACCGGCAACACAGAUAACCUUUCUCAUGCAGGAAAUGCUUGGGAGCCUCGUUUCCUUCCUGUUUUCCGUUUUGAUUUUCGCAUUACAAGUUUUCCCUGCCACACAGAGAAAAUUUGUGAUGCAGAAAAUCCAACAAAUGUGUAACUGUAACACUUUUUUCUCGUGAUAUCUGAAGUACGACGACUACUACGAAAUCAUGCGACAGUACAUCAAGGCGCUGAAGAAGCGGAACAUAAACCCGGUCAGAAAGGGACAAAUGGGCACAACGGCGCAAACGCUGGACAUGAAAUUGUGCAAAGCGACCUAUCUCGCAUUACAGGACGUCGACCCCAAACACACGGGCAGGUAAGUAGAAGUACUUAUUUUCAAAUAUCUUGGCGUAAUAUGAGAAAUUUGAAUUUUCAUUCUUUCCAUCACGAUAAUAAGUAUGCUGUUGAUCUGACGAAGUAUGGAGGAUGGAACGGCAUGCGCGUGCUGUCUUCUUUUCUUUCUGUCGUGCAUGAUCCGAAGCCCCAAGAAGUGCUGCCAGCACAUCAUGAAGCAGAAUCUAUCGUAGAAAAAGCUCGACCCAAUUUUUGUCACCAGGAUUGACUCGGACCAAUGCGUGGAAAUGAUCAAGCGUGUGUGGCGCUUCGUGCCGCAGAUGGGUCGGCAGCCCAGCACCCGGUGGUGUAAGGAGGCGUUCAAAAACUUUGACCGGAAGAAGCAGGGUUCCAUCUCCAUCGAGUCCUUCUGCGAAAUCGUGCGGCAGUACGCCGCGCAGAAGGUCGGGAUGUACCCCAAGGGGUUUGACCACAAAGGGGUCCUCAACGGCGCGAAUCUGGAAAAUAUAACCCUGGGGUCCGGCGGCGAGGGCCUGAAGCCUGGGGAGGGCAUGGACGCGGUGCAUUUCCUGGGUCACGUCAUCAUCCCCGUGUUUACGGAGAAGGCCAAAGUGCUGCAGGACUACACUUUCAUGGAAAAGAAAGGCGAGGGCGCGUUCGGAAAGGUAUGUUGCGUUUUUCAAAUCAUAUGUUUCAUUUAGUUUCAAACACUUCAUCUUCGGCGUGAUGGUGGUGCUGCCUUUGCACUACUGUUGUACACUGGAAUAUUAAAGUUCUACUCCACAACUUCACCUGCUUUAUUUUUUAGAAAAACCAGCACACAAGAACAUCAGGUCUGCACCGUGAAGCACCUGCGCACCGGCGUUUUGCGAGCGUGCAAGUCGAUCACGCUGAAAAACAAGGACCAAGCGAUAUUGUGAGGAAAAAAGUCCCCACCCCAGAGUCGAGAUGGAGUCUUUGCAACACAAAUCAACAAAGUUUGGCUGUUGCGCAUGACAAGUUUGCGUCUGUAGCAUAGUCGCGCUUGGCUAGCAAAGCUACAUCACAAAUCUAGCCCCUCAUCCUGAUUAGAGCAUGACAAAGCCUCAGACAGCAUGAGGAAAUGGUCCUCGUGGUGCCUGCGCAUGAGACACAAUUUGGGCAUGCAAAUUUGCAUGAGAACUCUGGGGUGGGGACGUUUUUACACAGGAUAGGCGAAACUGGUGGAAACGGAGAUCGAACUGAUGAAGGAGCUGGACCACCCGAACAUUCUCCGGUAUCAAAAGGAAAAAUCCCCCCUCCCCAUAUUGAAAGCGCAUCCAUCUGAAAAUUUGUGAUGCAGAUUUGUGACCACAAAUCGCGUCUGUCUUGCAAUAAUGCAUAUCCAGGCUGCCCAGCAUGUUAUGCAGGCGAUUUGUAAUGCUGUAGGGCGUACAGUGCAGCCGCCCACCAUGCUAGGCGCCUACGCCACAAGGCCCCUACCUAGGCUUACGAGCUGCGUGCAGUGCUCUACUGCGACACAAACUUGAUUUGUGUACUGAAAUACAGCAUCACAAAUUUCGUUUUCGAUAUGGGGUGGGGGCUUUUUUCACUUUGAUAUCCGGCUCUACGAGGUCUACUAUGAUGAGGACACGACCAUCUAUCUCGUCACGGAGCUGUGCAACGGUGGGUCGCUGUUCGACCGUUUGAUCUUUCACACCCGCAAUCUGAAGAAACCGAUGAGCGUAUCCUAUGUGAAACCGUCCCCACCCCAUAGUCAAGAUGGGGAAUCGGCUAGACAAAUCCACAAGUUUUGGCUGUUUUGCAUGACAAAUUUGAACUUGUAGUGUAGUGGUGUUUGAGGUAGUUCAGCAGCAUCACAGAUCCAAUAUACCAUGCUGAUUGGAGCAUGACAAAUUUCAAAGCGCGAACAUAAAAUGUUUCUCAUGGGGCUCCGCAUGAGAAACAUUCUCAGCAUGCAGAUUUGCAUUACAACUACGGGCUGGGGAUGUUUUUAAAUACGAUAAAGCGAGCGCCAGUCCGGGCGGUACGUCCAGCAGAUCUUGCUAUCCAAGAAAAAAACUGUGUUAGAGUAACUUUCUUUGGUUGACAGCAUCACAAAUUUGCUCUACAUGACAGAGAAAACCUGUGAUGCGCGUCUUGUAAGGGAAAACACACAUGAAAAGAGGACUUCAUGGUUGUCUGGCAUGACAGGCGUGACUCUGUUGCAUGUUCUGCAUAUACAGAGUUACACUUACACAGUUUUUUUCUUGCAUACUUGCAGGCCUUGGCAUACUGUCACAGCAUGGGGAUCGUGCACCGCGAUGUGAAGCCCGACAACGUGCUUUUUGUCACCCGCAAGGCCGACUCGGCGGUGAAGGUGAUCGACUUUGGCCUGAGUGAUUUCAUGCGAAAAAUCGAGGCGGCAGCGAAAACCGUCAAGAUCAAUGCGGACAAGGAAGUUUUAGCCGACGGGAUUCGCCGGUCGUUAGGCAUUCCGGUUCCGGAGAUACCCGACCCCCUCGUUCGGAAGGUGAUGCCGAAAGCGGGCACGCCCCACUACAUGCCCCCAGAAAUGCACCACAAGUCCUGGUACUCACCACGAGAAAGUUAUUUUUGAUACCCGAAGAAGAUGAUCACGUCGUGGGCGUGUCGAUAGUAGCCCACAAUGCUGACGAUCUUCAUUCACAUAAAGAGGCAUAUGCACAGGCAGCCAAAUUGCGCACGCAAAAGAAGAAGCUUCACAUGAAAUUAUUUCAUCUCCAUGGCUAUCGCUAUCACGAUUUUUGUCCAUUUAAGUGUUUGUUCACCGCCUUGUUCCAAGAAAAUUAUUUGAAUUUUUCAGGUACGACGCCAAGGCUGACGUAUUCGCGUGCGGCAUUAUGCUGUACCAGAUGCUGACGGGCGUCCACCCGUUUUUCAUUCCGGGAAAGGACAACGCGGAAACGGCGAAGCAGAAAAUCAUUCUGUGCAAGGUCGACUGGCCUGCGGACUUGUGGAACAACCUCACCCCCCUAGCGAAGGAGAUCACGGCCAAAAUGCUCGAGGAAAAGCCGAUCAACCGGUUUGAUUGCGUGGAAGCGCUGCGGCACCCCUGGUUCAACAGCAGCAAGAAGGUGACGGCCCCCAUUCGGAAUUCGAUCGUCGACUCCUUGCUCCAGUUCCAGCAGCACAAUAAACUGAAGCAAGCGGUGUUACGCUUGCUCGCAAAGGAGGUGGACGAAGAGAAGAUUCUUGAGCUGCGGGACCAUAUCGCGAGAAAAAAGUGUUUCACUGUAAGGAUUUUGCAAGUUUUGCAUCACAAGAUUGCUCUACAUGACAGAGCAAAUUUGCCAUGCGAGUUUCCUAAGGGAAAACACAGCUAAAAGUCGACUGUCGUGCAUGUGUAGCAAAACAAACACUUCUAAGAUUACAUUUUCUGCAUUAGAAGCAGUUUUUUCCUGCGAUAGACUAAUUCACCGCGAUGGACACGUCAGACGACGGAAUUUUGCAGCUGCAGGAGGUGUAUGCAUUGCAAAAGCAUCGUACUAGUACAAACUGCAUUACAAGUUUUUCCUAGGAAAAGCUUGAAUUUGUAAUGCUGGUGCACCUAAAGAAGGGAGAUCUGUCAUGCAAUUAUAUUCAUUGGGAUUAGCACGAGUGCAGGAGUACUUUUGCAGUGCAUAACGUGGUGGAGGCCGCACGGAACGUGGGGAUUUCCGUCCCCAACCGGGAGAUUGAACGUAUGAUGUUCACGCUCCACGGUCCGGGCCUUGGCGAGGCGAAUUUGGAAUUGGGGCUCAACUACCGCGAUUUUGUCUCCGCACUAGUGGAGAGAAAAGUAUUGAAUCAAAUUUGAAGGGUUCUUUUGUUGUGCGGCUUGGAUGUUGUAGUUGUGCGAUGAAUGGUGUACGAAUUGUAAUAUAUAGUAUUGUGCGAAAAAAUUAUGAAAGUCGUACACGAUAACCCCAUUUUCAGGUCGUGAUCGAGAAGAACCACCUACUCGAUAUCAAAUGUAAAAGUGUCUGGGUCUGGAAGAAUGCAACUUGUCACGCUAAAUCUGAAGCAUGCAAAAAUCUGUGUUGCAUGCUUACCAAACGCUGUCCACUUUUGACCUACUCGAGAGGCAGUUUCUCAUGCAGGAUAGGCAUGAUGGAACUCGCACAGAAUCUGUCAUGCUAUGUCCUACAUGCCAGACCUCAUGGGUCAUGGAAAACCUGCAGUCCUAAGUGCCAUCAGCCAUGGUAUCUGGAAAACCUGCAUGACAAGUCUGGCAAUCUUCCAGACCCAGAAAUUUUUACACUUGAUACUCGAGAUCUUCAAGCGAUUCGAGGACCCCGACGACCCAGGUUACAUUACCUGCGACUCCAUCAAAAAAUCGAUUAAAGCGCACCGUCGUGGCGAUACCCGGCGCACGAUCCAGGAAUCAGAUUUCGCCAGCGCGGAACUGCAAGAAAUACUCGGGGCGGGCAAGACCAAGAUCAACUUCGAGACGUUCCUCCAUGUGUGCUUCGAAAAGGGACAGGUCGCGGACACCCCACCCGGUGGCUAGUUGUUAGUAAAUCGGAACUAUUCAUCCGAAUAGCACUAGAGGCUCUACUAGUAGCACCAAAAGUCGAUUAGGCUGGUCGUAGUGGAUCGAUCAUUGACUAAGUCUACUCUGCGACGCGGUUGCCCAAGCCUCGGGCAACCGCGUCCUUCAGACGCUAAUGGCGGCGCUCGUUCAGACGCUAAUGGCGGCGCUGGGUUGACUAAAGUUGUAGUUCUGUUGCCGUUUCUGUUUCUGUUUCUGGUUUUUAACGCAACACAUGCAAGGCUUCAGGUCGAAGAAGCAACUUCAAAGGUCCUCUGAAAAAGAAGACUGCUCAUUUCGACGCUAAAGAAUAUUGAGAAGGGUGCAGUUCUUGUAUGCAGUUUUAGUGGAAAACUCAGAUGAUCCUGCGGUGACAGAAAGAGAGACGACCGGAACAGUCAAGUGGAAGUGUGUCAAUUCCGCAAGUCAGUCGCACUCCUAGAAGAUUUCAAAUAGUAUGUAGAUGCGGUUUUUAUCUUCAUCGUUAUCCACCGAGCAGGUGGUACACGUGAAAGAUGAGGCUCCGUCGUGAUUGGAGGUAUGAAAGUGAAAGGCAGAAACAAUGCGGCGUCGUCCGAUGACACGUAGGGAAGCUAGUAAGAUGAUACUAGCCCUAGCGCAACGUCGUGGCAGUGGCAAAUAACGGCUCUUACGUGUAUUACCUAACGGACGCUUUUGCUUUUCUGGCACCGGCUUCACCCCCUUCUUAGUUCGAAUACAGUGGUCUCACCCUUUGGGCCAAUAAGCAUAAAAAUAUAGUGAUUGACUCUUCAUCAACCAGCGACCUUGCUUCUGUGUGAAGCAGAUGCUCCUAGAGACGGAUGCUCCUAGAGUUUUUAUUUAGAGUACUGUAGUAUUUGUAUUUGAAAAGUUGAAGAAUGUGCGGGCAAGAAAAAGAAAAACUAAAACGACAUGUAUGCAUCUAUACCCAUAUAAUGAAGUAACAGAUCCCGAUACUAAUUGUCCUACUGGAUAAAAAGUACUCACAAGAACAAUAGCGCGAGCGCUCCGUGGUUGUCAGCAACUUCGAUGUAACAUAAUGCAAAGCUUAGUCUCUUUCUCUUUGCCAACAUGUUGUGGGCCGACAGCAUAUUAAGCAGCAGCAUUAUGAUUCAUCUCUCUCGGGGUGGUCGUGCUUCAUCGACACCCAACGAGCGUGAUUCGCGGAUAGUCAAACGAGGAACUAACUCUGGCUGGUAGUAUCUACCAGCGUAAUAGCCAUUUUUAGUUUCGCUUGACUGACCGGAAUUUCAGCCCGCAAGACGAGAAAUAAACGUACUUUUUUUCAUCUUCUAUUGCUGCCGAUGUAAGCGACGAGGCAAGUCCAAGUGAAUCAAUAUCAAGCGAUUAUAUCCAUGUGACAAGCGAUGUAAAAUUCUCUCAGCGACACCGACGAAAAAGCAAGUCUAUCCAAGAAAGAGAUGAACAAAAAUCAAGAGCGAUUUAAAGCGAGGAAAAAAAGACCCGAUUACCUCCGCCACUGCGUAGGAUGAGUC